AUCGUAGUGCCGCCUGAGCUGAGCCCUCACUCCUCACCACAGUGUGGAGCACCCAGCCGCACACUCACGCAUACACACACACACAAACACACACACACACACACAUACACACACAUACACUCACACACACAGGCACAAUUACUUCCACUUGCGCAUUCACACUCGCACAGGCAAGUGGAAAGACAAGGAGGCAGCGGAAAAAGAAGGUAUCAGCCAGACGCUGGAGAGAAAGAGCACUGUUUGAUGUGUGGACUUGAGUCUGGGUUCAGGAUAGUACUGGAUUUCCCUUUUAGUGGAGUUUGUGCUGCCUCCCCUGGUGCUCCAAGCCGGACUUCUUGUGAGCUCCUUGUUCCCAGGGAUGGUUUUGGUCUCACUGACUGUGAUCAGAUUCAGCUCUCUCAGCACAGCUACAUCAUCCAUCUGUAUCGCUUCUUUGUGUAUCAGCCAGAGCAGGACACAUCGGAACAGACUGUCUCGGAAUAUCUGACAGCCUUGGGAGAGAUCUGACAUAGUGCAGACACAAGGGAACGAAAAACUACAGCGACGGAGACAAAGUCGAGGCAUGAGCAGGAGACAAGGAGCUCGAUUUCCAUAAGAAGUGAUAUCUGCCACCCCCUCCUUCUUCUUCCAUCACCUCUUUCCCUUCUCUUCAUUACCACUGCUCCUUCUCUUUCUGCACAAGACCUCUCCUUCCCUGCCUCGCUGUUCUCCCUUCAUCGUCUUGUCCGAUCUCCUGUAGGAAGAGCAGGAGGAGAGUGCGGCUCGUACACUGAGAGCGCAACUCCCACACAGUGACAGACAUAAGGACAGCCGGAGGUCCCGUGGCACUCCCCUUCACUCUCUCACACACUCUCCAUCCUCUUUUCACUGCCUUUUCUGCACGGAUCUAGCCUCUGGCCCAACAAGCAGAGGCAUUCAGAGUUUUGGAGCGAGCACACAAGUCUCAGUAUCCUGCCACGGCCAGAAGGAUUCCAGCUACAUGGGCAAACGUUUGGAACAGCAACCAAUGUACCCCCAGUACACCUACUACUACCCUCACUAUCUCCAGACUAAGCAGUCCUAUGCCCCUCCUCCUCCUCCAAUGGCUCCACCCAGUCCCAGCACCAAUAGCAGCAGCCAGAGUGCAGUGGAGCAGCUCAGUAAAACCAACCUGUACAUCCGUGGCCUCCCUCCUGGCACCACCGACCAGGACCUCAUCAAACUCUGCCAACCGUAUGGGAAAAUAGUGUCAACAAAGGCAAUCCUCGAUAAAAACACCAACCAGUGCAAAGGUUAUGGCUUUGUGGAUUUUGACAGUCCUGCUGCAGCACAGAAAGCCGUGGCGUCACUGAAGGCUAAUGGAGUGCAGGCCCAGAUGGCCAAGCAACAGGAGCAGGAUCCCACUAACCUGUACAUCUCCAACCUGCCGGUGUCCAUGGAUGAGCAGGAGCUGGAGAACAUGCUCAAGCCCUUUGGCCAUGUCAUCUCCACUCGGAUACUACGGGAUGCCAGUGGAGUCAGCCGGGGAGUUGGCUUUGCCAGGAUGGAGUCCACUGAGAAAUGUGAUGUGGUGAUUCAGCAUUUCAACGGCAAGUUCCUCAAAACCCCUCCAGGAGUGCCAGCCCCCACAGAGCCACUGCUGUGUAAGUUUGCAGAUGGGGGACAGAAGAAGCGACAGAGCCAGAGCAAGUAUCCUCAGAAUGGCAGACCGUGGCCUCGGGAAGGAGAGAGUGGCAUGGCGUUACCCUAUGACCCUGCCGCAAUGCAGAAUGGGUUCUACUCUUCUCCAUACAGUAUCUCCACCAACCGCAUGAUCGCCCAGACAUCAAUCACACCAUUCAUCGCUGCAUCUCCGGUUUCCACAUAUCAGGUGCAGAGUACAUCCUGGAUGCCUCACCAGCAGUAUGUUAUGCAACCUACUGGUGCUGUGAUUACGCCAGCCAUGGACCACACCAUAUCCAUGCAGCCAGCUAACAUGAUGGGGCCCCUCACCCAGCAGAUGAACCAUCUGUCCCUUGGCACCACUGGCACUUACAUGACAGCGGCAGCUGCUGCAGCUCCUAUGCAGGGAACCUACAUUCCCCAGUACACUGCGGUGCCUGCCUCAGCCAUCUCAGUGGAGGGUGUGGUGACAGAGGCUUCUCCGCAGAGUGUUCCUCCCUCUUCCCAGGAUGCCAGCGGGCAGCAGCAGCCUCUCUGUGUGGACGGCACGGCCGAUCACGCACCCACCUACUCCUACCAGCCUGCUAAAUAACAAGAGGAGGAGGAGGGGGUGUUUGGGUGACUGCGUUGCCUUGAGAUUGGGGGACUGUGCUGAGGACAAAAAGAAAGACUGAGCAGAAGAUGUUUGGGUCCACCUUUGCACAAGCACCAAACAAAAGAGAGAAUUUAUCAGACAUCUGCACAGAGCAAGAGAAGCCGGUGAAAGCCUACAUCAUGGUCAUAGAGGAGAGAGAUAUGCAGUCGUGGAGUUAGAGUUUAAUGGAUAUCUACAAAUUUACAAGACAUUUUUCUUCAUGAAGUGUUGAAUUUCAAGUACAAAGUACAAAGUUUUCCAGUUCUUUUCUGAAUGUGCAGGUAGGUCUUCAGCUAUGGUGAGUUUUCUAUUAGAGGAAGCAUGAGAGAGAGAGAGAGAAUAAGAGAAAAAAAGAAGUCUUCCUCAAAUUCUAAGCUACUUUUACUUUGGAUUUUUUUUAUGUUAUAUUUUAGUUUUCUAGAGAAUAUCAAUGUUUAUCAUCUUUGUUGCCUUAAUUUUGAGAAACGUCUAAGACUUUUCCCAAACUGAACGUCUUGUUGCAAAAAAACAAAACAACAAAAAAAAAUACAAAACAAUUAAAGAAAUAAAAACAAAAAAAACAACAAAAACAAGCUGUCUGAAAGAACAAAUGGAGCGGGGGCUUAUCAUAUUACCUGUACAGAGGAAUGAGAAAGGUCUUGUGAAGACAUUUUAAAAUAUCAGUGGCGACUUUGUGUUUAAAAGAAAGGACAGUCAAACUAUAGUGAUGUGUUUAAAGAGAGUUGCAUUUUUUUAGCAAAAAAAAGAAAAAAAAAGAAAAUGUUAAAUCACUGCAUCCUGGGAAAUGCAGUUUAUUGUGUAGUGGAGAUCAUUUUUAAUGGCAUUAUUGUUUUUAUCUGCAAUAUUUUUAUGAGCUUUAAGGUGUUUUCAGCCUGCUUUGCUUGUUUCAUUGCAAAAAAAAAAAAAAAAUCAAAAACUAAAACCAGGAAAAAAAAAAUACUGGCAGUGCAAAAGUACGUAGAUAGGAGCUUUUGAAUUAAAAUAAAGCAAAUGUGUGCAAAAAGCAAUAGUAAUAGGAAAUUGUUGACAAUUUCUUUAGUCUUUCUUAGCUGUGGAUCAAAUGCAGCCCAUGGAUGGCAUAUUUUAUACCAAAGAUGAAGAAACCCCGUAGAGACAGUGGAGUAGAUUUUUUUUUCUUUCUACUUGAUUUUUUUUUUUUUGCCUUCUUGUUCUAGUCUCUGUGUCUCAUAAGUAUUUGUUUGACCUUGAUGGUCAGACCAGUACUUACAUUUGGGGUGGGUUCUGGGGUUAAACAUACUUCCUCUGCUGCAGCUUUCCUACCAAUCACUCAGACGGAGAGAGGGCAGUACUCCUAGAUUGCAUGCAUUGUAUUGACUGUGGUGUCUCCCCAGCAGAUGGCAUUAGAGAAGCUGUAAAAGAAAAAAAAAAAGAAAAGAAAAGAAAAAAGGAAAGUUCUCUGACUCUCAGCUCUGUACAUCACUGUUACAACACCCACGGGUCACUGACUCAAUGUCUCAGUGUUACAUAUUCACCACGGCUCCUCCAAUUCAGCUUUUUUUCUGAAACAACAAGCUUUCAGGAAACGUUUUAAGGGUUUCACGUCCUCAGUGUUACAAACAUGUCAUGCCAAAAUUCUAGUAGUCACGUGUGUGUAUUUAAACUCUUUUGCAGUUUGCUACCUCAGACUUAAGCAGUUCUACCGGGAAGAAACAGGAAGCUAAAUGUGUUAUGGAAAUGGUAUGGAAUGCAUACUGGGAGUGAACUACCUGACAGGCCACAUGAUAAAGCUCAAUAGAAUUUCUUCUCGUGCCAUAGUGUUUCCCGGAUACGCGUCCCACUUUACAAAAUGUUCACACUGGCAUCUGUUGAUAACCCCAGUUCUGUUGAAGCUAAUCAGCUACCAUGAAAAAGAAGGUGAUUUUUUUUUCUUAAAUGUGGGAUCAGGUGGUUACUCCAGUGCCUUGUUAAAAAAAUUUAAAAAUUAAAAAAAAAAUUUAAAAAAGCAAUGAAGAGCUAAAUCUAAAUAAGAGUGAGAUGUUCCAGGCAAGACAUGCUAACUGUUUAGACCACACAUGCUAGUUCUCACCUCAUUCUUAGCAAAGCAGUUUGCAAGGAAAUCUAAAACAUAGGAGUCAGAAAGAUCAUGUUUAGCUGUUCUACAUAAAUUCACUAAUGAUCAAUAACUAUUUUUUGCUCAACAUGAAGUUUAAAUACACAUAGUGACAUUUCUGCUGUUAGUGAUGUGCUUUGUCUGCUACACAUUGUUCAUUCAUAGCUUCAUGGUUAGUUAUUUUGAGCGUUUUCAUGACAUACCCUACUCCAUAAUGAUGCUGAAAAUUCAAGGAAGUCUUUUCAAGACCCCUUAAUUAUGAAUUGAGAAGUUGAGAUACUGUAUUUGCUGCACCAACUCAAUGCUAGUAGUUUUUUCUGCAUGAAUAGUUUGUUGAGCCUCAUCUCUCAUCUUCACAAAGGGCAUCUCUGGGUGCUAACCAGUUUCCUCCUCAGAACGUACUGGCUAACAUCCUAUACAAAUGAGCCGCUACAAAGCUGGUGACUUGUAGUGAAGAUUCUUCUGUGUUCCCUUUUAUAUGUUGCUAAAGCAAACUGGUAGCUGCUGAUACCAUAGAAUUAGAUUUCUACUGCCAUGAAUGAAACAUUCUCUCACGGUGAUGUAAUUAAACUAUGUGGAUGUUAGGGUGUGGGUGGAGGGGGAGACGAGGGGGGGGGGAUUUAUUCUUUUUGUCUUUGGAAUAAUGAAUAUAAUGGAACAGGUGUGAUGACUAUGAAACCCUCUCUGCCACGUGUCCAGAUGAAUAGGCUACAGUGUGUAACCAAUCAAGGAAAGCUAUCUAACAGGAUAGAGGUUGAGCUUGCUAGACAUUUCCAUUUCUCUCAAUGAAACAAACCUGUUUCUUUUUCUACUGUGUUUUUGGAGCAUUCAUUUUUAUCAUGUAAUUGCUGCUAAAAAGCAUUCAGUAUUGGAGGGCUGCAGUGGCAGAUGGGAAGCGAUUAAAAGACUGACUGCUGCUUUGAUAAGGACCACAGUGCUAGCAGAGCAGCUACAUUCACACCAUGGAAAGGGUCCAAAGGGUCCAUAGCAGAGUAUACUGUAUACACUACAGAUACAGAGGGAGCUGCUCUAAACGGUAGACCUAAACUCUCGUUUUGUUGCUGUGUUACAGCCUACAGUAAGUAAACUGUGCUCUUCCAUUCCUAAUGGGAUUUUCACACUGUAAAAUCCAACAGCGAAUUAAACUGUUCACCUACUGCAAAAAAAAAGGUCACACUCAUUCUGAGGAGCAAUUGAGAUGAUAGAACAUAAAAGUGGAAUAUUCCAUAAUGCCUAAAUUAAUCCCUAAACCAUAAUAAAUACUUGACUUCAUAGGAACAAUCCCAAGUUGUUUAUUGAGGUGUUUUGUCCUUAGGAUAAAUUAUGUAAUAAAAUCAUUGCUGGGUUUUACAGUGCAAUGAACUUGACACCUUAACACUACAAAUCAUAGCACUACAUAUUUCAUUGGCUGUUAAGAUUCCCACAUUGUGUGUUCACAUCUAAUUGGCUGUCAAAUAUAAAGUAAGAAACUUUACUGACCAAUCAAGAGCUGCGGCUUUAAAACAGGGAAGGUCAUGUUGUGUCAACAGAGAAGCUAUUCACUAUGAUCUAUGAAAUUCGGCAAAACCUCUGUGAGAAAUUAACUUAUUUGAGAGGAAAUGGAAAAAUAUUUAUGGAAAUCUUUUUUUUUUAACUGUACAUGUGUUGAUGAAAAGAUUAUGAAAGUGAAGCAAUUCUAGGAUGCUAUUUUUUUUCAUGCUGCACAUUCAUGCCUCCCGUGUGUCCGAGUAGUGAUCCUGAGAGUUUCUGUAAAUCAGUGGAUGUUGAGUUUAAACUUCUGUUUAUUAUUAUGAAUUAUUAUUUCAAUGAAGCUUUCAAUAAAAAAAAAAAAGGUCAAAA